AGAGCUCGAGCGCGAGCAGGCCACGAUGGCGACGAGCCCCCCCGGCUCCGUCCUCGUUCGGAACCUCUACCUCUCCUGCGACCCCUACAUGCGGCCCAAGAUGUCGCGCCCGCUGUGGGAGUCCUACACGGCCGCCUUCGUCCCGGGCUCCGUCAUCACCGGCUACGGCUUCGCCCACGUGCUCGACUCCUCCGACCCGCGCCUCGCACCCGGGGACCUCGUCUGGGGCAUCACUGGCUGGGAGGACUACAGCGUCGUCCGGCCCCCCACCACCGCGUUCCUCGCCAAGAUCUCCCUCCACGGCAGCGAGGGCGGCAUGCCGCUCUCCUACUACACGGGCAUCCUCGGCAUGCCAGGGCUCACCGCGUACGUGGGGUUCCACGAGAUCUGCGCGCCCAAGGCCGGCGAGGCCGUGUUCGUCUCCGCGGUGUCCGGCGCCGUGGGCCAGCUGGUGGGCCAGUUCGCGCGUCUCGCCGGGUGCCGCGUCGUCGGCAUCGGGUCCGCGGAGAAGGUGGAGCUGCUCCAGAUCAGGAUGGACGCGCACGCGAGACGGAGAGGGACGCGCGAUGACGAAGGAUGGACGCACGAUGAAGAAGGACGACACACGCGAGACGGAGGACUGGCGUGAUGAAAUCUCCUGGCGAGCGCGGGAAGGAAGCCCGCGACGGGAAGAAUCGCGCCGCCAGCUUUUUUCGCAAUGCGAAGCCGUACGCACGCGCGCAUAUAUGCGCGCUAGGAGAGGAAGAUUUGCUAAG